AUGGUGUCACAAUCUGACAUGCACAAAUUUUGUGGAUGUUCUGAAGGUGUCUUCAACCGAUUUAUAGUUGAGAAGGGCAUCUUGAAAGCCAGCCUUCACCACCAGACCGAAGGAUUGGUGAGCUUGUACGAGGCUUCCCAUCUUGCACAGGAAGGAGAGCACGUGCUGGAAGAAGCUAUAAACUUUACGACUAAACAGCUCAAGAGCCUCAUGGAGGGAUCACUUGAGCCUCAUCUCAGGAAGCACGUAGCCCAUGCCUUGGAGCUUCCAUUGAACUGGAAGAUGCCGAGGUUGCAGACCAGGUGGUUCAUAGAAGCAUCCCAAAGGGAAGCGAAGAUGAACCCUGUCCUGCUUGAAUUGGCUAAGUUGGACUUCAACAGGGUUCAGAGCAUACAUCAGAGGGAACUCAGAGAAGUGUCGAGGUAUUUUGAGCUUGCUUUACUUGAAUCAUGUCAUGUACAUUCUGCCCUCGUGCAUGAAUCAGCAAACUUCAGCACAAACUUCUGGCUGUCGAUCAGAUGGUGGAGCAAUCUUGGCCUGGCGCAGAGGCUUCCAUUUUCGAGGGACAGGGAGGUGCAGACAAAGGCAAACUGCCUGAUAACAACAAUAGAUGAUGUGUAUGAUGUUUACGGCACCAUGGAUGAGCUCGAGCUUUUCACGGAUGCCGUCGAUAGAUGGGACGUUAAUGCAACGGGCAAACUUCCAGAGUACAUGAAGAUAUGUUUUAUAGCCCUCUUCAACACUACAAAUGAUACCGCGUACAAUUGCAACCCUUGGGUUCAGUGGGCAGAUGUAUGCAAGGCAGACAUGGUGGAAGCAAGUGACGAUGUAAGUCAAGAGACCUUGGAAGACUUCCACAGCUGUCCUGAGAUUGCAAGACGGUCAUCCAUGAUCCUUCGACUUUGUGAUGAUUUGGGUACUUCCAAGGACGAGCUUGAAAGAGGCGAUGUGUCCAAAUCUAUCCAGUGCUUGCAUGCAUGA